UGACUGUAAACUAGGUCGAGAAAAGGAAUAGAACACAUUAGAUUGGAGCAUCGUCUGGAUCAAUGGAGUGUGUCCCUCUACAAAUUAGAAGUGCAGGAGAAUGGGCCACCUCCUUGUGUUAUACUGUAUUUGAUAGCUUCUUGGCGAGCAGCAACAGCUUGGGUGGAAUGUGAGAGUGGAGGCAUCUGCCCUGACGGCAACACAUGCUGCGAAAAGACCGCUACUGCUACUGUUUCGACUAAGAAACAUCACGGUUCGGUCUGUAUCUCGGGGAGCGUAGGAGACAUCGGGAUGUGCUGCAAUGACGAGGCGGUUACCGGUUGUCACGGUGGCUUUACAUGUGCCAACGGUACUGCCAAAGAAAAUUUGACCACUUCUUACUACUGCGAGCGCCUGGAUAAAACGGAUUAUUCUCUGCCCAAUCGUGUACCACGAUACACAUUGUGUUCGGUCCCUGGACCCGUACUUCAAACAAUCCAUGGAUUUUCUGUCGUCGAUAGCAAUCCCAACAAACCGAAAUUGGCGUAUUUAUCGACGAUGGGUGCCAUUGAUUCAACCAGUCCGGAUAUUCUGAAUUUACAUGCUCGAGUGCAGACGGUAAUAAUUGUGGUGCACGGUUCCAGUCGCAACCCCGACGAUUACAUUUGCUGUACCAAUGCUGCUUUGCCCAGCUCCGAGCAGUUUCCAACGAACUCAACGACCAUGCUGAUUGCUCCCUGGUUUUUGGCCCCCCGAGACAACGUUACCGAAGUGUUCAACUUUGACGGAUCCACAUCGGUUCCACUCUAUUGGUUUGUAGAUGGACCACACUACCAUACGUGGCGGUUUGGUGCAAAUGCACUCAACGCUAAUUUGAGUUCAUACACUGCCAUGGAUACCAUCGUAAAUCACUUGGUUCAAGACUUUCUCCGGUUUCCACUACUCGAACGAAUUAUUGUUGCGGGUCACUCGGCCGGUGGUCAGUUGGUUCACCGCUGGGCGGUUCUUUCCGGCAGUCACGCGUUUGCGGCGUCUCUUCAACACAACUUCCGCUCGCGACCAGUAGCAAUACGCGUGGUCGUUGCGAAUCCAAAAAGCUACUGCUACCUGGACGGACGACGAUUCAUUGACGGAGAGUUUCGACUACUUGUACAGGAUGAGAAAGCAGAGUGCUUACCCUACAACGAGUGGCAAUGGGGGUUAGAUGAUGGCCCGUUCUUGUCCAUACCGUAUAGGGAUGAAGCUUUCGCAUUGGCAGGGGGGAGGGCCAAAGUUGUCGCUCGGUACGCAAUGAGAGAUGUUGUAUACUUGUCUGGCGAACUUGAUAUUUUGCCCAACGGUAACUGUAUGGCGCAGCUACAAGGAGCCUAUCGAAAAGAACGCAGCGAGCGAUACUUUGCGUCUCUCAAGAAAAUAUAUGGCUGGCAACCUCACCGUCGUCUGGUGGUAUCGCAAGUGCACCACGACCACUGCCUUAUCUUCCAGAGUCCCGAAGGACAUCGGGCUUUUUUUGAAUCCUAUGAACAGAGCUAUAUACUGUAA